UUCUUUGUGAUAGUGGGUGCCAAUGAAUUCAUUGACAACUACUUCACUCCAUUUUUCUCAAUACCUGAGCAGAAGUUGGUUUCCCCGGAAAUGUAUGUUGAUUCAAUGAUCUCAAAAUUCAGACUUCAACUAACAGUAAGAUGAAUUACUUAAUUCCUUCCGUUUUUUCGAUUUCUCAUCCAAUGCACGCGCUUACAUUAACAUCUGAGGAUUUUGUUUUGUUCAUUUACAUGGUCACUAUAUGUAGAGACUGUAUGAAAUGGAUGCAAGAAAGAUUGUGGUAGCAAAUGUUGGACCUGUUGGUUGCAUUCCAACAGAAAGAACUUUGAAUUACAGAUGGUACGCAAUCGGUGAUGAUUCUUGCAGGAGUGUGAUGAAUAAUACAGCAAUGUUAUUCAACAAGAAACUGAAGAGCCUAAUCAUGGAGUUGAACUCAAACCUUGUUGGAUCCAAAUUUGUAUACGGAGAUAGCUACAACAUGCUUUCUCAUAUUACGAAUAACUAUAAAUCCUACGGUUUUGAGAAUUAUAAAUGUGGGUGUUAUAAUGUACUUCUGGAUCCAACUCAAGGAUUGCACUACCCGGUGCCAUUAGUUUGCGAGGACCGGUCCAAGUAUGUAUUUUGGGAUUUUGCUCAUCCAAGUGAAGCUACUAAUCUCAUUUUAGCAAAGAUGUUUCUCGACGAUCAUGGUUCUAGAUACACAUAUCCAAUGAAUGUUAGCCAACUCUACUACUCAUGAAGUUGUUAAGCAAUUUACCCAAUUAAUAAACCAUGACCGACUGAACAUGCUCGGUUU